AUGGGCAGGAAAUUUUGUCUCUACUCUUUCUUUUUGAAGCGUUAUGUUGAAAAAUACGUUAUUUUUAGCUACAGCGACAUAAAACUGAAAUCUUUCGCGAGUUUCUAUCAAAGAAAUACUCGACACAAUCAAUAUUUCGGAAAAGCAAAUCGUUUUCAUGGUAGAUAUGUGUUGCUGCUCGAAGACGAUGCUUUGGUAGUACCUAAAUUUGCCGAAAUGAUGGCAUCACUUUUGAAGCAGUUGGAUCAGCGCCAAGAAAUCGACUACGUGAAAAUGUACCAUCCAGGUCAUCUACGGAAAAUCCCGUCAAUACCAAUGGCUCUCAUAAUAUCGUGUGCAGUAUGUUACAUUUACCAAAUUAUCGUAAUUCGCCGAUUCCUAGCUGAUCUCCGUUACUACGUCACUGACACGGUCUACAUGAGCAUGGCGGAAUCGUGUUGUACACCCGCGGUACUGUUUCGGGCCCAAAAAAUUCCACAAAUCAGCAGGAGAAGUGCAGCUGAAGGAAAUGCAAAAGACCAUAUUCUGGACGAAUCACCAUUUAUUGGACGUCAAACGGACACAAAUCUUGUCGUACACAUUGGUUCAAUGAGUUCCAUACGUCAUCGACGGAUAACGUUAGACGAAGUACUUUUAGUUGAAAGUCGUAAAAAUCAUUGA